AUGUCUCACGCAUUAAAAGGAUUGACAACACAGCUGCUAAAGAAUAAUGCUGACACUAUCAACAUGGGCCUCCGGGCUAGCAGUACUUGGUGGAGCAGUGUCAGUAUGGGUCCACCAGAUGUCAUCCUUGGCAUCACAGAGGCAUAUAAAAGAGACACAGAUCCGAAAAAAGUUAACCUCGGGGUUGGAGCUUAUAGGGAUGAUGAAGGGAAACCCUUUAUACUGCCAUCUGUUCGACAGGCAGAGGAAAGGCUUCAUUGUAAAAUGCUGAACCAUGAAUAUGCACCAAUUGGAGGAGAGGCAGGCUAUACUGACCUGGUUGCCCAACUUGCUUUCGGUGAAGACAGUCCUGUACUAAAGGAAAAAUCAAAUUGCACUGUCCAGACGUUGUCCGGCACUGGAGCCCUACGUCUUGGUCUGGAAUUCAUUACCAAGCACUACAAUCAAACUAAGGAAAUUUGGAUGCCCUCACCGACUUGGGGUAACCACCCGCAGAUUUGUAACACCCUUAAUCUACCCCAUAAGCAGUAUCGGUACUAUGACAAGAAGACCCAUGGUUUUGAUCUCUGUGGUGCAAUGGAAGAUAUUAGCAAAAUCCCCGCUGGAUCCAUUAUCUUGCUUCACGCUUGUGCGCACAAUCCUACUGGUGUAGAUCCUAAGAAAGAAGAAUGGAUUCAACUAUCACAGGUGAUCAAGGAUAAGAAAAUAUUCCCGUUCUUCGAUAUGGCGUACCAGGGCUUCGCCACCGGGAGUGUAGACAAUGACGCGUUCGCCGUACGCCAGUUCGUGAACGACGGCCAUCAGGUCAUGCUCGCGCAGAGUUUCGCCAAGAACAUGGGUCUGUACGGCGAGCGGGCGGGCGCUUUAACCUUCCUAUGCGGUGACGCGGAGUCCGCCGCCAAGGUCAUGUCUCAGGUGAAGAUCAUGAUCCGCACCAUGUACUCCAACCCUCCGCUGUACGGCGCGCGUAUCGUACAAGAGAUCCUAUCAGUGCCGGAACUGAAGCAGCAAUGGUUGGCCGACGUGAAGUCAAUGGCGGAUCGUAUUAUAAGUAUGCGCCAACAGCUGCGCGCCGGCAUCGAGGGCGCCGGCAACAAACAGAACUGGCAACACAUCACCGACCAGAUCGGCAUGUUCUGCUACACGGGACUCAACGCCGACCAGGUUGCAAAGCUGACCAAAGAUCACCACAUCUAUCUGACCAAAGAUGGCCGCAUUUCGGUAGCCGGUAUCUCCUCCAAGAACGUGAACUAUGUAGCCGAAGCCAUGCACAAAGUCACUUCCUAA